CUUCAUUCAUCUUCAUCUCAAGAACCCAUAGUUCUUCAAUCUAUUCUUUUCCUUGAGUUCAUCAACAACAAAACAACCCAAUAAAAUAUUUGACAAAAAAAAAGAAAAAAAAGAAAAAAAAAGGAAAAGAAUAGAAAUGGCUGCCACUAUGAGAUCCUCUUUGAUUCUUUUCUUUGUUAGUACCCUUUUUCUCCAAGGCGCUUUAGGGAAUUUCAUCUGUGAGGAUUUGCCAACAAACGUGUGUGGCUUCGCAAUUGCGACAUCAGGAAAGAGGUGUUUGUUGGAGAACUCAGCAGGGAAUGAUGGGAAGGUUGUGUACCAAUGCAAGACAUCUGAGGUUGUUGUCGAAAACAUGAAGGAUCACAUUGAGACAGAUGAAUGUGUUGAUGCUUGUGGUGUUGACAGAAACUCUGUUGGGAUUUCUUCUGAUGCUCUUCUUGAUUCUCAAUUCACCUCCAAACUUUGCUCCCCUGCAUGUUACCAACAUUGUGCCAACAUUGUUGACCUUUACUUCAACUUGGCUGCUGGAGAAGGUGUGUAUUUGCCCGAUUUAUGCAACAAGCAGAGGACCAGCCCACACCGUGUUAUGAUUGAGCUAUCGAGCAAUGGAGCUGCUCUUGAAGAUGCAGCUGAUGCUCCAGCUCCGUCCCCUGUUUCUUUUUAAUUUUUUCGUACACACAUUUGAAAAAUUAUAUACUACAACAUAUACAUACUGCAAACAUUUUUUUUUAAUUUCUUUAAAAACAUGUACAAUUAUUGUUGUGUUUUCAUACAAUUAAAGAGGGAUGUGAGGGGGAAUUUUGGUUUAUUUCUAGUUCCCUUUGGAUUUGUUGAAAAUUGUUCCGGGAGAUUCUUUUUACAUCAAAAGUUGAAUGAAUAUUCUUCUAUUGGGAUUGCAUCA